CACGGCCAAAGCACUGAGAGAUAUCAGGUAUUGAUGUAACUGGAGUGAAUAAGGGAACCUUCUUCCUGAGCACAGACAUUGGAGCCUGUUAUCAGCAUGAACUCAUAUGUGUUAGACAAUCACUUGAAUAGUUCAUACCCAUCCUUCACUACAGGAAGCAUCAGAAUGAUACCACAAACUCCAAUAGUCUCAGACACUAAUGACUAUUCACAAACAUUGGGGAGCUCACAGCAGAUAUUUAAAGGAGAUGGAGAAUUGGCAGGAACUGGGCAGCAAUCAUGUACAGAGAGUAAUUUAGUCAUCAAACAAGAGGACAACAUUUAUGCCUUAUCUAGUGAAAUGAUUAUCCCAGAGGAUAAACCACACACAUUUACUGAGUUUUCAAAACAUUUAAAAGAAGGGGAAAGUCUUAAGUCUAGCCAAAUUAUUCAUACAAAUAAGAAACCAUUCAAACGUACAGAAUGUGAGAAAAGCUUCACAUGUAAUUUGCAUCUCCUUGAACACCACACAGUUGUGAAACCUCACACAUGUACAGAAUGUGGGAGAUGUUUCACAUCUAAAGGAAGCCUUAAGUGUCACAAAAAGACCCACACAGGGGAGAAAUCUUUCACAUGUACAGAGUGUGGAAAAUGUUUUACACAAAAGAGUGAACUGAAAACUCAUGAAAGAAUUCACGCAGGAGAAAAGCCUUUCACAUGUACAGAGUGUGGGAUAAGUUUUACACAAAAGAGUAAACUGAAAACUCAUGAAAUGAGUCACACAGGAGAAAAGCCUUUCACAUGUACAGAGUGUGGGAAAAGUUUUACAUUAAAGAGUCAUCUGAAUAUUCACGAAAGGAGUCACACAGGAGAAAAGCUGUUCACAUGUACAAAGUGUGGGAAAAGUUUUAAAGAAAAAAGUAGUCUGAAACAUCAUACAUGGAGUCACAUAGGAGAAAAGCCUUUCACAUGUACAGAGUGUGGAAAAUGUUUUACAUUAAAGAGUAAUCUGAAAAAGCAUGAAAGGAGUCACACAGGAGAAAAGCCUUUCACAUGUACAGAGUGUGGAAAAUGUUUUACACAAAAGAGUGAUCUGAAAAUCCAUGAAAGGAUUCACACAGGAGAAAAGCCUUUCACAUGUACAGAGUGUGGAAAAUGUUUUACACAAAAGAGUAGUUUGAAAAUUCAUGAAAGGAUUCACACAGGAGAAAAGCCUUUCACAUGUACAGAGUGUGGAAAAUGUUUUACAUUAAAGAGUAAUCUGAAAAAGCAUGAAAGGAGUCACACAGGAGAAAAGCCUUUCACAUGUACAGAGUGUGGAAAAUGUUUCACACAAAAGAGUGAUCUGAAAACUCAUGAAAGGAUUCACACAGGGGAAAAGCCUUUCACAUGUACAGAGUGUGGGGAAAGUUUUACAGUAAAGUGUCAUCUGAAAACUCAUGAAAGGAAUCACACAGGAGAAAAGCCUUUCACAUGUACAGAGUGUGGGAAAAGUUUUACAAUAAAGAGUCAUCUGAAUAUUCACGAAAGGAGUCACACAGGAGAAAAGCCUUUCACAUGUACAGAGUGUGGGAAAAGUUUUACAUACAUUAGUCAGAUGAAAACUCAUGAAAUGAUUCACACAGGAGAAAAGCCUUUCACAUGUACAGAGUGUGGAAAAAGUUUUACACAAAUAAAUAAUCUGAAAACUCAUGAAAGGAUUCACACAGGAGAAAAGCCUUUCACAUGUACAGAGUGUGGGAAAAGUUUUACACAAAAGAGUAAACUGAAAACUCAUGAAAUGAGUCACACAGGAGAAAAGCCUUUCACAUGUACAGAGUGUGGGAAAAGUUUUACAUUAAAGAGUCAUCUGAAUAUUCACGAAAGGAGUCACACAGGAGAAAAGCUGUUUACAUGUACAAAGUGUGGGAAAAGUUUUAAAGAAAAAAGUAGUCUGAAACAUCAUACAUGGAGUCACAUAGGAGAAAAGCCUUUCACAUGUACAGAGUGUGGAAAAUGUUUUACAAAAAAGAGUAGUCUGAAAAUUCAUGAAAGGAUUCACACAGGAGAAAAGCCUUUCACAUGUACAGAGUGUGGAAAAUGUUUUACAGAAAAGAGUUAUCUGAAUAUUCAUGAAAGGAUUCACACAGGAGAAAAGCCUUUCACAUGUGCAGAGUGUGAAAAAUGUUUUACAAAAAAGAGUUAUCUGAAUAUUCAUGAAAGGAUUCACACAGGAGAAAAGCCUUUCACAUGUACAGAGUGUGGAAAAUGUUUUACAUUAAAGAGUAAUCUGAAAAAGCAUGAAAGGAGUCACACAGGAGAAAAGCCUUUCACAUGUACAGAGUGUGGAAAAUGUUUCACACAAAAGAGUGAUCUGAAAACUCAUGAAAGGAUUCACACAGGGGAAAAGCCUUUCACAUGUACAGAGUGUGGGGAAAGUUUUACAGUAAAGUGUCAUCUGAAUAUUCACGAAAGGAGUCACACAGGAGAAAAGCUGUUCACAUGUACAGAGUGUGGGAAAAGUUUUACACAAAUAAAUAAUCUGAAAACUCAUGAAAGGAUUCACACAGGAGAAAAGCCUUUCACAUGUACAGAGUGUGGAAAAAAUUUUACACAAAUAAAUAAUCUGAAAACUCAUGAAAGGAUUCACACAGGAGAAAAGCCUUUCACAUGUACAGAGUGUGGGAAACGUUUUACUUGCAUUAGUGAGCUGAAAACUCAUGAAAGGAUUCACACAGGUGAAAAACCUUUCAAAUGUACAGAGUGUGGAAAAUGUUUUACAUUAAAGAGUAAUCUGAAAAAGCAUGAAAGGAGUCACACAGGAGAAAAGCCUUUCACAUGUACAGAGUGUGGAAAAUGUUUUACACAAAAGAGUAGUCUGAAAACUCAUGAAAGGAUUCACACAGGGGAAAAGCCUUUCACAGGUACAGAGUGCGGAAAAUGUUUUACAGAAAAGAGUUAUCUGAAUAUUCAUGAAAGGAGUCACACAGGAGAAAAGCCUUUCACAUGUACAGAGUGUGGAAAAUGUUUUACAUUAAAGAGUAAUCUGAAAAAGCAUGAAAGGAGUCACACAGGAGAAAAGCCUUUCACAUGUACAGAGUGUGGGAAAUGUUUUACACAUAAGAGUAAUCUGAAAAGUCAUGAAAGGAUUCACAAGGGAAGAAACCUUUCACAUGUUUAGAAAGUGGGAAAAAGGUUUUUAUUGAAAUCAGGUAUCACAAAACACCAAAUAUUUACACACAAACUUUAUUUACACAGUGUACAAACCUUUUUACAAUUAUCCUAAAGAGGACAAACUUUCUAAAUAGAAGCAAAGGAAAAUACACUAAGCGCAUACUCAAUAAUGACCUCUAGCUCUGAUAGUUGACACCUAGUUGUCAAUGGUAAUAUAGCAAGUAAUCAGAAAUAUAUCAAAGCGCCACCCAAAGGGAGGCUAGGUCUAAGUGGAACUAAAUUUGGAGUGCCACAUGCAACGGAAGUGAAUUAGAAUGACAAUUUAUUAACAAAAUAAAAACAGUACAUAUACACAUACAUCAUGGAUCCAUGAGAUUAACAAUACUAAUAAAAUGACUUGAUUACACGUGUUGGUAAAACAAUGGUAUAAGUUGGAACAACCCUGAUGAGUAAGGUUAUACUCAACAGGUGAGCAAACAAGUACAACGAGAUAAGUAGCACAGUUUAAACUCAUAUAAUCAACUCAGAAGAGAUGUUCAUGAACAAAGGUGAAAAAGAAAAACAAAGUGGAAUCUUAUGUGUCAAAUUGAUAAUGUAUAUAAUUGGUUGGGUUGGUGUACAAAUGGUAUAGAUGACUCCAAAAGAUGGUAAAAAAUGAAGCUCACAGCGUGGCUUUAACUAUGUGCUUAAUUUUUCUCACAAUGAAAUUUCAACUAUGUGCUUUAUUAAUACAAAUAGUGCUUUUAAAUAGCUAACGUGUAAGCAGAGGCCAGUGGACUGUGUGCUAUGACAGAGUAGAUAAACAAUUCAGUGUUCAAAGUGCAUGUGUCAAAGAAAAAAUCCAAAUAAAUAAAUAAAAAAGCAAAAGCAAUAACAAAUAGCGGUGGGUUAAAUUAGUGAAGCAACUAUCAUAUUCAAUGCUGUAAAAUCACUACUGAAAAGUAAAAUCAAAAUUCAAAUAGACAAUUGGUUGUGACAAAAUAAACAAUGUUGGUAUUAAAAAUCUUGAAUUACAGCAAACAGAUUUGUGUCUUUAAAAAGCUUGAAUUUCAGCAAACAAGAUUGUGCCUUUAAAAAGGGGAAGUGUAUAAACUUGAAGUGUCCCAAACGUAAAUAUAGUAAGCAAUAAUCCAAGGGUGGAUAUGAGAUGUUAUGUGAAGCUAGGUCUUAAAGAUCCCAGCAUCGAAGCUGUGUAUCUGUGACAGCUCCUGAGUUCAGUGUAGGACGUGUAGGAUUUUCAGUCUAAUUCACUUCCGUUGCAUGUGGCACUCCAAAUUUAUUUCCACUUAGACCUAGCCUCCCUUUGGGUGGCGCUUUGAUGUAUUUCUGAUUACUUUCUAAAUAGAAGCAUCAUAAAGGAUCCUAUUGUAAAUAACACUUUCUAAUCCCAGUUAUAAAAGCCCCAGAUUGGAAGUGCUCUCCUGCUGCCCUUUGUGCCUCUAUAUAUGUGCACCUCAGUUUCUCUCAUAUCAAUGUGAUAGAAUCCAAACACCACACAGGAAUAUACAGAUCUGUCCUCCAGUUUACACAACCAUUCACCACCAAAGCACCCCCAGUGUUGUUUAUUAAUAUGCCAGUGUUAGCAGUUGUACGUUUGUUUUACAUAGGGGAGGAAAUAAUUAUAUUUACAGAAUAAAGGAGUCUUUAUAUGAAUAGAGGAAAUAAUUACAUUUACAGAAUAAAGGAGUCUUUAUACGAAUAGAGGAAAUAAUUACAUUUACAGAAUAAAGGAGUCUUUAUAUGAAUAGAGGAAAUAAUUACAUUUACAGAAUAAAGGAGUCUUUAUAUGAA